AUGGUGCCAUUACAGAUCGUGAAGCAGUUGUGGGCUUACAUAAGGAAAAACAACCUUCAAGAUCCAAAUAACAAAAGAAAGAUUAUUUGCAACAAGGAGCUGCGAUUGGUUUUCGAAACUAAUUGUACUGACACGUUCAAGAUGAAUAAAUUGCUAGCUAAACUUAUAAUCCCUCUCGAGCCUACAAAACAGACUGUUCAAAAUUCUAAGAAACCUAAAGUCGAUGUCGAAUCUGGGAGCCAAAAUGAUGACCCCAUCCCAAUUGUGAUAAUAUCUGAAGCCCUUGCGAAUUUCUUUGGAAGCGACGAACGGGAAAUGUCACAAGCGGAGGUAUUAAGGCAGCUCUGGAAAUACAUAAAGUUUCACCAGUUCGAGGCAAGGCUAGAAGAAGGCGCUCCAGCGCGAAUUACCGAUGCUUACCACCCUUGGAGUGUGUGA